AUGGCUGCCCAGAACCAAAAGAAUGUCCUGCUCAUGGUAGCAGAUGACCUGGGCCUCAUGCUCGGCUGCUAUGGGUUGGAUGCCAUCAAGACUCCUCACGCCGACCAGCUGGCCGAGCAGGGCACCAGGUUCACCAACGCCUACGCAAGCACGGCGUCUUGCAGCGGCAGCCGCUCGACGAUCUACACGGGCCUGCACACCCACCAAAACGGGCAGUACGGCCUGCUGCAGGGCUGGUGCCACUUCCAGACUCUGGAGCACGUCGAGACGACGCCUCAGAUCUUCAACUCUCUGGGCUACCAGACGGGCAUCAUUGGCAAGGUCCACGUCGGCCCCAGCGAAUCGUACCCUUGGGAAUACAACCUGGAGAGCUUAAGCCGCGACGUGAGAGACAACGCGGCCCAGGCCGGGCAGUUCUUUGACAAGGCUGCCGAGAACGGCAGGCCCUUCCACCUGACGAUCGGGUUCCGCGACCCUCAUCGCGAUGAGACUCGCGAGGGCUUCGGCAACGAUGAGGACGAUGUCAAGGAUCUGCCAGUACCUGACUAUAGACCGGACGAGGUCGAGAUCCCGUCCUUUAUCAGUGACGUCCCGGAGCUGCGCACGGAGCUGACCGAGUACUACAAGUCCAUCAGCCGAAUGGAUCUCGGCAUCGGCCUCGUGCUCGAAGAGCUCAAGAAGCGCGGUCUCGACCAGAACACCCUGGUCAUAUUCGUCAGCGACAACGGAUCACCGUUCCUCAAUUCCAAGACCACCUUGUAUGACGCCGGUGUCAGGCUGCCCCUGCUCGUUCGCCAGCCCGGCGCGAAGGGCGGCGUCGUGAACCCCAACAUGGUCUCCUUCCUGGACAUCCUUCCGGCCUGCAUCGAGUGGGCAGGCUACAAGGACAGCGACAUCAAGACAGCCAACACGGGCAAGUCGCCCAAGCGACUGGGCAACUCGUUCCUGCCCAUCCUCAGCGAAGCCCGGAAGCUGCCGGCCGGCGAGUGGAAGCAGCACGUGUUCGGCUCGCACACCUUCCACGAGAUCCAGAACUACUGGCCCACUCGCUUCAUGCGGGACCACAGGUACAAAUACCACCGCAAUAUCGCGUGGCGGCUGGACUUCCCCUUCGCCACCGACCUGUACUCGAGUCUAAGCUGGGAGGGGAUCCGCAACGCCGCCGCUCCCGCGCCAGCCGACCAGACCGACACUCCAGAAGUUAUGUUGGGCCGCCGGCGGCUCGAGAACUACAUAUUCCGCGGCCCCGAAGAGCUGUUCGACCUAAAGAACGACCCGGAAGAGAUUGACAACCUAGCCAACAAACCAGAGUACGAGGCUGUGCUCAAGGAGAUGCGUGCAGAACUGGAAGACUGGCAAUACCAGACCGACGACCCUUGGCUGCUGCGGGAUGGGGUCAGCGCCAUCAUCACUGCCAACCAGCAGAAACUAGGAUUGAGAUUGCCCGACAGGUUCGACUUUGAUCCCAAGAAGCCCGGCAAUACCACGGGUCCUCAUUGGGCUCCAAAGAGCACCAAGGCCGUCAACGGGAGCAUGAUCAAGUAUGGCUGA